AUGCAACCGAGCAGACAAGCUGAAACACAAGCACAGCCACAAGAUAACAAGAUCCAUCUACUACUUACAUACCACAUCCCCUCGCACCCACCCAAAACGCAAAACUGGCAGAUUAAACUCGAACGAAAAAGUGGCAGAGGAACGGCAGCCCUGCGCUCUCCCGUCGCCUCGGUGGUCCCGCUGACUGGCCACCGCGCCCAAGGCCAAAUCAUUAAAAGACAACGGGCACCAUUUCACGCUGUCCGAUGUUGCAAAAUGAAUGACCCUAUCCUUUCAACCUAA